AUGGCCCAGAAAAGCAACUUUCAGUUCUCCAUCAGGGAAUACAGACCCUCAGAUCAACAUGUGGUUAUGUCGUUGUUUCGUGAUGGGAUCCUUGAACAUGUGUACCCAGCCUUCUUCAAGGCUAUGAGCAAUCCAGACCAUGUUGGUGUUGCCCUGAGCAUUUGCAUGGCUGGCUACGUGCUGGGAGGCAGCUCCUACUUCCAGGCUUUACUCUUUGGCAGUGCAUGGGCUGGCCUCAUUUAUUACUGCUGCCUUGAUAUCUACGAGGGCUACAUAACGAGGAGGCUAAGCACAGACAUGGCAAAUGUUCAAGCCAACUACCUGGAAAACCCAGAUAACGGAUUCUGGGUGGCAGAGGCAGACAUCAACGGCCAGUCGAAGGUGGUGGGAAUGGUGGCAGUGAUGGGGAAAAGGGGCGAGGAAGAGGGCGACAGGUUCGAGGACUGGAACGGCGGAGUGACGGGAGGAGGCUCGGAGUUGGCUCAAGACGCCGGAGACGGAGAUGGUUACGGGGAGAUGUCUCAUUUGAUUGUGGUGUUUCCUUGGCGCCGCAAAAACCUGGGGUCCCAGCUGACACGGAAGGCCUUGGACUUCUGCAAAGAGAGAGGCUUUGCCCGGCUCGUUCUGGACGUCAGCUCGCCACAGACAGCAGCCACUUCCUUGUACCAAAAAUUUGGCUUUGUUCAAACGGCAUCCCACUGUAACACGCAUGCUAAUCGCUGGUUCGCCAAACUAGCCAGAGUAAAUGUGAUGCGAAUGGAGAAGCUAAUUUAAACACAAAAUAAACUUUAGACCUCAGCUCCUGAUACAACCUCACCUAUACAGCACAUCGAGAAUAUUUCAGUUAAUUUAUGCCUUUUUGUCUCAUUUAUUGCAAAAACCUCUCAGUUGUGUCACACCUGGUCACUUGUGUCUCCAGCUCGCUAUCAUGGUAGUUUGAAAAAAAAAAAUACAAUAAAUUUCAUGUUUUUUUUUCCACAAAGCA